AUGUACAAUGAAAAAAAUAGUCCAUAUAGCUUCCUGGAGGGACUUAAACAUCGCUUACCAAAAAUAUCCCCCAAAACAGCCAGGAAACAGGACCAGGAUAUUAAAAUCUCCACGACACAACUAGUUAUUUUACCGGUGGAAUUCUAUCAUGGUUGUGAAUUUGAGUACCAACGAAUUCCUGAGUAUGAACAAUAUUUGUCAAGUUUACUUGAAAAAACAGAAGAAAAUCAGCCAGAUUACCAGAGUCUCAAAGAAGCAAUCACUCAAAUAAAAAAAAUUGUGCAUGGAUGCUAUGAAGAUACAGAUGGUACCGAAGAAAGAGCAAACAAAAAUCAUUUUUUGAACAGUCCAACUCAAUUGGAAAAAGAUAAAAUUUCAGAGCAUGUACAGAGAAGAAGAAAAUCCUCCCCUGGAGCAGUUUUAUUUAAAAAUCUGGGAUCGGCAAAAAUGAAAUUGGCCCGGAUGUCAAGUGACAAAAGUUUGGACCAAGAUAUUGUCAACUUUGCUCGUUAUCAGAGUAAUAUUAAACGGAUUUUCAUAAUGGAAAGUGCUGUUCACUUAACUAAUAGUAUGCAGACUCAGGACCGCUACUUGUUUUUAUUUGAUGAUGUUCUUUUGGUUGCUAAGCAAAAGUCAAACAACCAGUUUAAACUGAAGUAUUAUGUGCGUAUAUGUGAAAUGUGGCUGGCCACUUGCUUGGAUGAGAUCUCUGAAGUCAGUCAUGACAAAGAGAAAUCAUUUGUGAUUGGCUGGCCAACACUUAACAAAGUGGCAACAUUCUCAUCAAAAGAUUUGAAAGAGAAAUGGCAAACAAGAUUAAAACAACUGAUUGAUGAAAAGAAAGAAAAUGAGAAGCUAAAAGAAAUACAAUUAAACAUUCAAAAUACAGACCAAAAACAGACCAUAACAAUGCUCGUUCAAAAUACAUCUACGGUUAAAGAGGUUGUGAAAAAGUGUUUGGAGCAAUUUCAAAUUUCUAAAGGAGAGAUUGAUGAUUAUGAUUUGUGGUCAGCGUAUGCAGACACUGAUUCUGCUCCCUAUCCCUUAAUUGGGCAUGAAAUCCCUUAUAGCAUUAAGAUGAACCACAUCCAAAACAGUUCAGAAAAUAAAGAUGACUGUGAUAAUAGUGAAACAAAAAGGAAAUCCGAUUUUUUACUGAUGUCCAGUAAAAAAUGUCACAAGAAGCAAAAUACAGAUGAUGUUGACGCAAAAGCAUUCAAGAAAAAACGACGUCCGUUUCAUUUAUUUAGAAAAGCAGCCAAAUUGGAAGAAAAACCUUUAGGAAAAUUAUUUGGUCAGCCACUUAAAGACAUAAUGGUUAAUAAUAAUCCACCCAAACCAAUAGAUGAUUUAUUGCAGUUACUUUUCCAAGAAGGCCCAUUCACAAAUGGCAUUUUUCGUAAGCCAGCCAAUGCAAAGAAAAAACGGGUAUUAUGUGAAAUAAUGGAUCAGGAGGAAAGCACCAACAUGGCUGAUGUUACAGGAAAUUUAGCUGCAGCUGUCUUGAUGGAAUAUCUGCGAAAUAUUCCUCAAGGUUUAUUGGUAGAUGACAAAUACAAUGACUGGGUUGAUGCAGGAAAGCUUUCAAAUGAAUCAGAAAAACUGACAAAAAUUAAAAACUUGGUGUUGGAUUUGCCUCCUUGCAACAGACAACUUCUGCAACAAUUGGAAGAGUCUCCUGAAAGACAGCAAGAAGAUUCUGAUACAGACAGUUUUCACAGCACAUUAAGCACCCAAGGACCAGGAGGUUUACACCAGAGUGAUGACUCUUCAAUACACAGUCUAGAUCGGGAACCUGCUGAGAUGGAAAGUUCAAAUGAUUUCUACCUGAUUAAAACAUUCCUUUUCUCUACGUCCAAAUAUCUCCAAAUAACCGCCUCCCACUCUGUGCACGACGGCUAA